GGAAAAUAUCUUGCUCGUGUAAACUAAGUCAACACUAGAUUGUGAUAUUUCAUUCCAGGUAUAGACUACCAUCGUAUUACAUGGUUUUUGGACCAAUAAGUUGAGAUACUAGAACAGCCGAGCUGAAGAAACUAAAAGAUCAUGGACGUUCAAAUGUUGUUCUUCCUUGUGCUUGCGUUGUGUCUUUGUUUGACAAGAACACAAUAUUAUAAAAUUAUACAAAGUGAAAAUGUUGUCCUCAAUGAAAGCGCCACCCUUCAGAUUGUGGUGCCAAAUAUGCGAAGACCCGUUUUUUGGAGAUGUAAUAACCAUAGAUAUGAGUGUGACGGAACAUGCCCCUACAGCUCUGAUUUUAAGGUGACGCAGAGUGGAAACGCAUCCACUCUUUGGAUCCGAAAAGUUACCAAGGAUUUUUUGUCUUGGACAUUUUGCGAUUACAACAUCAACAUUGGGAAAAUCGAUCUGAAUAUAAACGGUUUGACAAGUACAGAGACUUAUGAAAUUAACCAAAACGGGGACCUGUAACCAGCAGAUCUGAGAGAAACAUCGCAGAUGUGCAUGCAGCUGUGAGGAGGAAUCAUCGAAUCACCAUCCGUGAGU